UCGAUUUGCCGCCAUCCCUCCUUUUCUUCCAUUCAAAGUCUUUUUUUUUUUUGGCACUUCGGAAACCCACCCUUGAACAAACUCCUUUUCCCUCUCCGACUCUUUAUUGUUACUUACAAGGAUAGCUAGCAUCAAAAAUACAAGAAAGGCCAUCCUUUAGAGUUAUCCCUCUCUUGCUUUCCAAAAAAAUUUUUGAUCUGUUGUAACGCCUUUAGACACCAAACUACCCCAGUCUCUUCCUCUUCUUCCUUUUUCAUUAAUUCCGAAAUCCCUUCGGUAGUCCUCUUUAUUGUUUUUCUUUUAGGGCUAAUUUUGCAUAAAGAGCGAGCUUUUCCUCUCGAUUUUUUUGCCUUGCUGUUAUCUAUCUUUGCUCUGCAGCUAUUGUUGUUAGUUUAUCAAACAUGGGUUUCUCAAAGAAGCAUCAGGGAGAAGGAGGAGGAAAGGAACUGGACGGCAAGAAAUGGGUGAUAGCCGGAAUAACAAUAAGGGCUCCCAUGAAAUCGAUAUCUACCAAGGGUAAGGGGGAGUACGAGGAAGAUGAUGGGCGGUCAACAACUCCAACUGCGAGAGAAUCAAGGAUACCGGAGAGAUUGCCUUGCCCGCCAGCCCCAAGGAAGCGCCGGCCUACUUCAACGUGCCAUUUUAAUGGUGGCAGAGAGUUUUUUAUUCCUCCAGACCUUGAAUCAGUUUUUAUACGUCAUGUCGAGAGAGCCAAUUGAGAGUUUAGGAAUGGGGGUUCCUUAGCUAAAACUACUACUACUACUACUAGUAAGUUAUUCUCCUCUCUUUAUAUAGAAAAGAAAGUAUUCUCUUCCAUAGGAUUUUUUUUUUCCUCCCUUUUAGUUUGUAAUAGUAGUGACUAGUAAUAGACUAGGAGUCCUGUCCUGUCCUCCAGUAGCUCAGAGGUUGAGAAGGGGACAAAACCCAAAAAAAAAAAAAAAAAAGGCCGUGUACAAAUACAAAUCCAAGAAAAGGUUAGUGUAGUUUAGUUGGUUUGUUUGAAUGAUUUAAGUGUCGUCAGUCAGUGAGUUGUUUGCAAGAUUUAUCCCUCUAAUUAAGGUAAG